GCGAGGGUAAUUUCUGAAACCACAAGGUAAGUGAGUGAUAUAAGACUAAACAUUUUUCAUGGAAAAUAGGUUUUGAACUCCCGAAAAGAAAGUGAAACCAGGAAAAAAGGGAAAACCGGGUCGGGUCCUACUUAACAUUUCAAUAGUGAAGAAGAGAUUGCUCAAUUUUGGCAGCCAUGGACAAGGUUCAAGAGAUAGUAGAAAAGCAAGUAUUAACGGUUGCUAAAGCCGUUGAAGACAAGCUUGAUGAUGAGAUUUCGGCCUUAGAUCGGUUAGAUCUUGACGAUAUAGAGGUAUUACGAGAACGUAGAUUGCAACAAAUGAAGAAAAUGGCUGAGAAACGGAAUCGUUGGGUGUCUCUUGGACACGGCGAAUACUCCGAAAUCCCAAACGAGAAGGACUUUUUCUCUGUUGUUAAGGCUAGUGAACGCGUCGUCUGCCAUUUUUAUCGCGAAAAUUGGCCUUGCAAGGUGAUGGACAAGCAUUUGAGCAUACUGGCAAAACAGCAUGUAGAGACACGUUUUGUGAAAAUUAAUGCAGAGAAAAGCCCAUACUUGGCUGAGAAGCUUAGAAUUGUUGUUCUUCCAACCCUUGCCCUCAUAAAAAAUGCUAAAGUGGAAAACUAUGUGGUUGGAUUUGAUGAGCUAGGGGGCACCGAUGACUUUAGCACUGAGGAACUUGAAGAGAGGUUAGCUAAAGCUGAAGUUAUCAUUUUUGAGGGUGAGUCGUCAAGAAUUUUAUCAAAAUCCAAAGCUCAGACCAAGAAGAAUGUCAGGCAGAGUUCAAAUCCUGACUCGUCGGACUCAGAGUAAAUGUAAACUAGCUUGUUUAUGUUUAUUCCUUUUUAAUACUACGACAUAGUUUGUUAUGGAACACACUCAUCCAAAAAAAGAGGUUGUUGCGAAAUUUACCUACUCUUUUAAGAAUUGGAAGAUGUUGGUUCUGUUUCUCCCAUGAAUCUUGGCCAUUUAGACCAAAAUUUUAUGUAAGCUAUUGUAAAAUUCCUCUUUGGUUAUAUGUGAUGGGACAUAUACUGCUCCCGUAGUCCUAGUCAUGCCUUAGCUUUGUUGCUUUUUUGCCUCAGUAGUGUAUAAUUUAUGUUCGAUGUGAUAAUACAUUGUAUUUGUUCGUUACUAUAUUAAGGACGCUUUCUUGAA